GCAAACACACUUAACGAGUCAAACAUUUAUAAUAACAACUUCGAAACAUGAUCACCACAAUAUUGUUGUUCGGGUUAUCAUUAUUAAUAACCGCGUUAUAUUUAGUGUUCAAGAGAAAGUUUCAAUAUUGGGAGAAAAGGAAAGUGCCACAUUUACCCCCGGUUCCUCUCCUAGGAAACUUUUCGAAGUAUAUUCUGCAGAAGGAAUUUCUUGGACAUGCUGCACAGGAAAUAUGUGCCAAAUUCCCAAACGAACCCGUCGUGGGUGCCUACUAUGCCACAGAACCAGCUCUGAUCAUCCAGGAUCCUGAAUUCAUCAAGCUCGUCAUCACCAAGGACUUCUAUUUCUUCAAUGGCCGCGAAAUAUCUGAAUUCGGCCAUAGGGAAAGGUUGGCCAAGAACCUUUUCUCUAACUCUGGAGACAGGUGGAAGGUGCUGCGACAGAAUUUGACUCCAAUUUUCACCUCCUCCAAGAUGAAGAACAUGUUUCAUUUGAUCGAGAAGUGUUCCCACGAGUUUGAGGAUUUGCUCGACAGGGAAGCAAAUAAAGCAAAAGAAGUUGAAAUGAGAUCAUUAAUAUCGAGAUUCACUAUGGAUUGCAUUGGGAACUGUGCGUUUGGUGUUCACACGAAUACGAUGGAGCAAGUGGAAAAUAAUCCAUUCAUGAUAGUUGGCAGCUCCUUCUUUUUCCAAACUUGGUUUAGAAGUUUUACAUUAGUUUUGAGAACUGUUUACCCUUCAAUUUUCUACGCUUUGGGAUACAAAUUCGUACCAACAGAAGCUGAAGACUUCUUUACUCAUAUGUUAACGGGAAUUUUUAAAGCACGCGAUUAUAAACCAACCAGCAGAAAUGACUUCGUUGAUCUCAUGUUGAAACUGAAGGCAAAUAAGACCUUAGUUGGAGACAGUUUACAGAAUAUGAAGACGGAUGGCGGGAAAAAAGUGGAACUAGAAGUGGAUGAUGAUUUGCUGAUUGCUCAGUGUGGUUUGUUUUUUACAGCAGGUUACGAAACUUCGGCCACCACUUUGAGUUUCACCUUGUUUGAGUUGGCAAAAAAUCCUGAAGCUCAGAAGAGAGCUAUAGCCGAGGUGGACGAUUAUCUGCGGCGACACAACAAUGAGCUGAAGUACGAGUGUCUUUCUGAAAUGCCAUUUGUAGAAGCUUGCUUUGAUGAGACUCUUCGGCUGUACCCGGUUAUAGGUUUGCUAACUCGUGAAGUAAUGGAAGAUUACACUUUCCCUUCUGGAUUGAAGGUAGAGAAAGGUCUCCGUAUAUUCCUGCCGCUGUAUCACUUGCACCAUAACAAGGAGUUCUUCCCGGAUCCGGAGGAGUAUCGACCGGAGCGGUUCCUGCCUGAGAACAAGCACAAUAUCAGACCGUACACCUACAUGCCUUUCGGUGACGGCCCCAGAAUUUGUAUUGGUUUGAGAUUCGCGAAAAUGCAGAUGACGGCGGGAAUAAUUACUGUGCUGAAGAAAUACCGCUUGGAACUGGCUCCAGGGAUGAAAACAAAAGUGGAUUUCACGCCAAAAUCUACUAUCACACAAGCUAUAGGGGGGAUCAAACUAAAUAUGAUAGAAAGGGAAGGAUGGGAACAAAGGCUACUGAAGAACCUAUAAGAUGUAUGAAAUUCUAAUGUCUCCACUGAUUUACUUUAGUAUUACGUCGGCUACUUAAUUGAUAUGUUUCCCCAAAAAAAGUUACCUAUUCAGACUGAAGUAUUUUUUUAUAAAUCUCGGGAUGUAUUAAUUCUAAUCUAUGUAUAAUAUAUUAAAAUAAGAAUCAUA